UGAACUUCAUUCUUGCAUUUCGAUGGCAUCUACACAAUAUUUUGUAAAUGAACAUGAAUCCUACAAGCGUUUUUACACAGUAUCGUUCCAGAUGACACGAUUCAUCGUUCGUCGAGAAAAACUAAGACGAAUAUACGACACGCUGGAGACACUAUAUCAGGAGACAGUGAUAAAGCAACCAUCGGGAUCUGCUGCUUUCGAACAUUUGUUAAUCUGUUACCGAUUAUCAUUCUCUCUAUUCGUCCUCAAUUUCUCUGUCAUGUUCCUGCAGGUGACCAAACCGAUGGUAGUAAUUGUAUUUCGGAACGGGCAUCCUACGUUCGUGGUUCCGUCAGCUUACCCGUGGCCGAUCAUGUCGACCUUUAGCUACACAAUACAUUACAUGACAGAGGCGAUAAUUGCUUUCUCGUUUCCAUUCAUAAGCGGCGGGGUGGAUGCAUUUUUUACGAUGUGCACGUUUCGCGUGUGCUCAGUGCUGCGGGCGAUGGCUGUCGAACUGCAAGAAUUGGCAAAGCGAUCGAAUGAUAUAGAAACCCAUAGACUAUUUUUAAGAAUGUGUAUCGACAGGCAUGUUACGUUGAUCCAGUGUCGGGACGAUAUACAAGAGGUUUAUGGACCUGUUAUUCUGUCGUUUACCUUGACGAAUGCUUUGGGCAUGUGCUCUAUGAUAUUUGAGAUUUUUCAGGUUGCGGAAAUACCGAUCGGAAGAAUUAUCAUUGUAUGCAUCCAUUUUUUAUCGAAAGUGAUUCAGACGGUGGUUUAUGUCUGGCCCGGAACUAUGAUCACUUAUGAAGUUUGUAUCACGUAUAGCAGUGCGUAAAACGUACCAUUAAAGUAUAAUAAAUAGCAUAAUGAG